CAGGGUCCCUCGCGUCCACGACCUCAGGACUGCCCCGAACAGCCGAACUCGCAGCUGAACUCCCAAAAACACAACAGACAAGAUGGGCAAAGAAGCACCACCAAGCAAUAAUGAAAAGGCUUUCAUCCUUGAUGCCCUCAAGCAAGGGCUAAGAGUGGACGGCAGAGGGCCACAUGACGUGCGCAAAACGAGGAUCGAGCUGGGGCCACAGUCGGGGCACGCAGAAGUCAGACUGGGGAAGACGAGAGUAACAGCAAACGUAUCCUGCGAAAUCAUAAGACCCCGCGCCAACGCACCGACUGAAGGCAACGUCCAAUUCAACACAGAUUUCUCCCCGAUGGCCUCCCCCGCAUUCGAAGAGGGCAGCUUAUCAGAAGAGGAAGUCCUCGUCAGCCGGCUCCUCGAAAAGGCAUUGCGACAAUCCCGCGCAAUCGACACGGAGGGACUGUGCAUUGUUGCCGGGGAGAAGGUGUGGCAGCUCCGAGUGGAUCUACGCGUGCUGGAUCAUGAGGGCAAUAUUGUGGAUUGUGCGUGCAUUGCGGCGAUUGCGGCGUUGCUGCAUUUUAGGAGGCCGGAUGUUACUGUUACAGGGGAGACAGUUACCAUCCACACGGUAGAAGAACGGAAUCCAAUCCCACUCAGCGUCCACCACAUCCCCAUUUGCGUCACCUUCGCCUUCUUCGACGACGGCGAACGCCAAGUAGUCGACCCGAACUUCCUCGAAGAGCAAAUACAAGUCGGCGAAAUGACCUUCGUUGUUAACAAACACCGCGAGAUCUGCACUCUCUCCAAAGCGGGAGGUGUGCCCCUUGCUGCAACGCAGGUGCUCGGUUGCGCGAACAUUGCGGCGGCGAAGGCGGAGGAUAUUACUGAAUUGAUUAAGGAGGCUUUGGCGAAGCACGCCCCACCGAAGGCCGAUCUUGUCUAGUGAUACCAGUAUAACAUGGCACGAGCCGCUCACACCUGGCACCAGCAGGUCGAACGACCGCCUCCCGUCCCAUGUACCAUUCACGCCGCAACCUGGGAAAAUGGACAGCUUCGCCGUACCUAUGAUUCUAUCAUGCCCACACUACUGGGGUCACAGGCAGGCGCGAACAUGGGGUGGAAAGCGCGAAGUCGGAGGGAUGGAGCGAUGAGGGAGGGGAGGAUGGGUUUCCUUUUUGUAUAUAGCAGUAUUUGAGCCUCGAGCUAAAAGUGUCCCGCCUGCACCCGCUAUCCCUCUGGCCAAAAACCCACCUUCUUAUUCCUGGAAAGCCUCAACCUCGUAACAUCCAUAAACUGGUAAAAUAGCCCCUCAUCUCGUCCUCAUAGAACCCAUGCGGAAUGCGUCCCGAAUACACAACGCCCGUUUUUGUCUUCACCGAAGCAGCCGCUUUAGCAGCCGCCGCGGCUUUCUUAGCCUUUUUUGUCGUUUUUA